UCCGAACCAUGUACCUGGGGAUCCAGAGCCAGAGGCGGAAGGAACACCAGCGGCGUUUCUACUGGGCUAUGAUGUACGAAUAUGCAGACGUGAACAUGCUGCGCCUCCUGGAAACGUUCCUCGAGAGCGCCCCUCAACUGGUGCUACAGCUCUGCAUAAUGAUCCAAAAGAACCGUGCAGAAACAUUACCAUGUGUGUCCUCUGUGGCCUCCCUGAUGUCCCUGGCUUGGGUGCUAGCCUCCUAUCACAAGCUUCUUCGGGACUCUAGGGACGACAAGAAGAGUAUGAGCUACAGAGGGGCCCUCAUCCAUCUCUUCUGGCGCCUCUUCACCAUCUCAUCCCGAGUUAUUUCUUUUGCUCUCUUUGCUUCCAUCUUCCAGCUCUACUUUGGGAUCUUUGUAGUGGUCCAUUGGUGUGCCAUGGCUUUCUGGAUCAUCCAUGGUGGGACAGAUUUCUGCAUGUCUAAGUGGGAGGAGAUCCUCUUCAACAUGGUGGUAGGGAUUGUGUACAUUUUCUGCUGGUUUAAUGUCAAGGAAGGGCGGACUCGAUACCGAAUGUUUGCGUAUUACACGGUGGUCCUGACGGAGAACGCUGCCUUGACACUCCUUUGGUAUUUUUACAGAGAUCCUGACACCACUGACUCCUAUGCCGUGCCAGCACUGUGUUGUGUCUUUCUUAGCUUUGCUGCUGGGAUAGCUUUGAUGCUGUUAUAUUAUGGUGUGCUGCAUCCCAUGGGGCCAAGAGCUAAGAUCUUUGCCAGCUCCUGUUGCGCCGAGCUGCUCUGGGGCAUUCCUUUGCCCCCCGAUGUUGAGCCCAUGGCGCCCCAAACCCCUGGGUACUGGGGGGCCCAGGCUACGCCCACCAGAGCGGUCACGGAGCAACAGGAGGAACUCACAGCUGACACUUGCUUGCCCGUUUUCCAGGUGAGAGCAAUGGUACCAUCUACUCCAUCUGGGCGACCCUACCCCCCCGAGGGGCCUCUCAUUAAGAUUGACAUCCCAAGAAAAAGAUAUCCUGCCUGGGAUGCUCAUUUUGUAGACAGGAGGUUAAGAAGAACUAUCAACAUCCUCCAAUAUGUCACCCCCACAGCUGUAGGUAUUAGGUAUAGAGAUGGACCUCUCUUAUAUGAGUUGCUACAAUAUGAAUCUUCACUUUAAAGCUCCUUAA